CAAACCUUUUGUCUAGUUACCGUACCGGUCCUUGUAGAGUAGUUAGCCAGUUUUUGAAAGUACUGUAUGGACUAAAUGAUGCAGGAAGAGGUAACCGACCAACAGUUACUUGAACCACCCUACGGCGACGAGGAAUCAAGUAAUCCUUUUGCACAUAACUAUCUUCGCAUGGCAUUCGAACCUGCAAACACAUACAUCUGUACAUGGUAAUCAGAGGUGCGGUGGCGAGCGUAUUCCUAACGCUUAGCAUGAUGUGCUACACUGCCAAGCUAUUAAAUCUCAUAUGUAUGCAAUAGACCAGUCAGACUGUAAUUGAAUUUAAAAGUGGGUUGGCUGAUAAUUGAUUGUGUUUAUGUUUUAGAUGUUUCUAUAAAUAAAUUAUAUUCUUUAUUAUUUUUUUUAUAAAUCAAUGAGAAGAAUGCGAUAUUGAAAAAUUCCACUUGUUUCAAGAACUUUACAAACUGAAAGUCUAUGUCAUGGAAAAUAAUAAACAUUUCUGACAAAAAUUAAAUAUUUUUAAAUAAAAUUGACCAUGGCUCGACAUCGGAAUAUUCGUAACGCAAAAAGUUACGACUACGACUAUGAUGACGAUGAUAUUUUCGGGCAAUCAUACGAAGAUGAUUACGGUGUUUCUCCAGGCACUAUGGCGCAAUACUCUUACUCAAGAUCAAGACGGGAUGAUUUUUCUACAUUUAUGCCAUCGGAGUCGACUGUACAAGAAGCAGAUGAGGAUGCUUUUGAUGAAAUGGAUAGAGGAGGGAUGCAGAAAUCAAUGAAUACUGGACAGAAAUUACAAACCGGUAAUGAGAUUCUUAUCCAAUCUUGUAUAGAGAUGAUGCAUGACGUUGUAGGAGAAAGCUAUUCAGAUCAAGCAAUGAAGGAGGCAGCAAUUAAAGCUGAUUUUGAUGUUGAACGCGCCAUAAACUUUCUCCUCUCAUCUCCAAAGACAGAAAACUGUCCAAUUGUAACUCAAAGUAGUGGGUUAGAGUUUUCCAUGAAUCAGCCCCCUUUGGAACAAAGACAACGCAGAAACCGAAGGAAUAAUAAUGAUUCGGAUAUUUCAGCACCGAGUACGGAAAAACGAAAAUUGAAUCCUAAUAUUUUAGCUAAUCAAGGUCAUGUAACCAAAGUAGUUUCAUCAACUACUCCUGGAAAAACUGGUUUUGCCAUGAACAACGCUAAUCAAAAAGACAACGGAAGCUAUAGAAAUACAAACGGAGUUUCGAGUCAGCCAAAAAAAACAAAACCUAACUCAGGAAUUACUUCUGUCAAUUCAAGUUUUAAAAAUUUGCAAAUUGAAAAUGGUGAAGUUAAAAAAGCAACAAUACCAAAACCGUCCAUUCCGCUGCAAACAUUAAUGGUUGAAAAAAGUGAAAGCGCCUCGUUAUCACCAAAUGUAAAACAAAAAUCUGAGGAACCUCAACCUUCUAUGGUGGAAUAUAAGAACACAAAACACGCUGCUGAAAUUAUUGCAAAAUACGAAGAGCGCAUGAAACUAGCAAAACCUCUUAUAAGCAUGGUCGUUAUUGGUCAUGUUGACGCUGGAAAAUCAACGUUAAUGGGACAUAUUCUAUAUCAGUCUGGUGAAGUAUCGAAACGCGCAAUGCAUAAGUACGAGCAGGAGUCACGGAAGAUCGGGAAAGCAUCGUUUGCUUAUGCCUGGGUUUUGGACGAAACCGGGGAGGAAAGGUCUCGUGGUGUAACAAUGGAUGUUGGUCUCACUCGAUUCGAGACAAAAAAUCGAGUCAUCACACUCAUGGACGCUCCCGGUCACAAGGAUUUCAUCCCGAAUAUGAUAACAGGCGCCUCACAGGCAGAUGUGGCAGUUCUUGUCAUUAAUGCAACGACCGGAGAAUUUGAAGCUGGUUUUGAUCUGGGUGGACAAACCAGAGAACAUUCAUUGCUGGUUCGAUCUCUCGGGAUCGCUCAACUUGCCGUCGCCAUAAACAAAUUGGACACGGUCGGAUGGUCACAAAAAAGAUUCAAUGAUAUUGUUUCAAAGUUGUCUUCAUUUCUGAAACAGGCAGGAUUCAAGGACUCUGAUGUUACUUUUGUACCAGUCAGUGGAUUACUGGGACAGAAUCUGACCAAACUAGGAACAGACGAGAAAUUGACAUCUUGGUAUAAGGGACCUUGUCUCGUUGAUGUGAUUGACAAAUUCAAACCUCCACAAAGACCUGUGGACUACCCUCUACGUUUCUGCGUAACCGACGUAGUACGCGGACAAGGCACUGGCAUCAAUGUCAGUGGUAAAGUUGAAACUGGAGGGGUAAAGGUCGGAUCAAAAGUCGUGGUAUUACCAGCUGGUGAACAAUCUUUAGUAAAGGGAAUAGAAUUUCAUGACGGCGCCCGUGCCGAAGUCGUACUUGCGGGAGACCACGCCACACUAACAUGCCACGGAGUUGACAUCAUGAAAAUACAUACAGGGAAUGUUUUAAGCGACAUUAAAAAUCCGAUUCCAGUCGUUUCACGAUUCCAAGCCCGAAUAAUAAUCUUCAAUAUUGCGGUCCCGAUAACUCGUGGGUUUCCUGUAGAAUUACAUUACAAAGCUGCAUCUGAACCGGCAGUCAUCAAACGGUUGUUGAGUGUUUUACAUAAAAGCACGGGCGAAGUUGUCGCUAAAAAACCCAAAGUAAUUUUGAAAGGACAGAAUGUGAUGGUACAAAUGAUGACCCAUAGACCUAUAUGUAUUGAGGAAUACCAUAAAGUUAAAGAAAUGGGAAGAUUCACGUUAAGGUACGGAGGGUCAACCAUAGCUGCUGGUGUAGUUACAGAUGUUUUAAAAUAAAUGCUGCAAUUUUGUGUUACUGUACAGAUGGGUGAAUCAAGUUCAUUCAACGAAAUCAAUUACAUUAUCUUCCCCAUACCCAACAUGGGCUGAUAAUGAUAACUGCACAACAGGCCAUGGUCGCAUUACGAAUAAAACAGUCUUAUCUCACUCCAGGGAUAAAUAAAAAUUUCUAUAUAUACAAUCCGUGAAUAAAUUGAAGGUCUUUCUGCGUACCUUCUUAUUUUUAGGUGUUUUCACUUAAAUCAAGGCUCUUUACAGUUGGCCGCUAAGUAUUUCAAAAGCUAAUAUCAUUGAAGUGCUGGGCAGGGGCGUAUCUACGUAAAAUGGCGCCCAUGGCAAAGUCUAAAAAUGUCCAACUUGAUAGUUGUUUGACAAUUCAUAAUAACUAUUUUUGAAUUAAGAUACUUGUACAAUUCCCAAUUUAAAAUUAGUUCAUUGAAACUUUUCAUGACUAAUACUUUUCGCACUUUUUUGCGCCCCUGUUCAAGCGCCGCCCAUGGCACGAGCUAUGGCUGCCACACCCUAGAUACGCCACUGGUGCUGGGAUCUUUUCAGUUCAGCCUCGGAAACCCAGUUUUUUACCACCCUGGGCAAGAUGUGUGUCUUGGUCAUUUGUCUUCUGUAACAGAAGGUAUAAUAAACUUUUCAUUUAUUUCUUUUGAAAUUGCUUGGCUGAUUAUCAUGAGCUGCUUGCUUUACUGCGAAGUAUUUGGUAACUGGAUGAAAUGUGUGCAUCGAUUCGGGCCCUUUUCUUUAUAAUUUUAGCAAUAAUUCUAUUUUCACACUAAUUCGGGGAGGUUUUUGCGUGUAACUGUGAGAAGCAUUGUGUCUAUUAGAGACCACUUGUACAUAACGAUACUGACUGGUUUUAAAUAUAGGUUUCCAUGUUCAGACAAAUCAUAGAAAGGGUCCGUAGCACUGAAGUGUUGCCUGUUAUAAUAUAAUUUGAUUGAGAUUUCUUAAAUAGUCUUGCAUUCUUCAAAUUGGAAAGUCAUAUUUCUUGGUUCAAUAUUUAAUUCUUUGCCAUCCAUAAGCUUACUGUUAUAUUUAUUGUAUUUUAACUUAAUUUUUUGUUGUAAAUAAUAUAGAAAAUGUGGUUCUGGUCACGCUUGUGUUAA